AUGCAUCUGCUCUUGGUUCACGUUCUGCUGGUGGCAACAACUCAGUUGCAGGCAGCUCUGACCAUGUCGUUGCGUAGCAAAUUCACAAACGUUAGCUACGAGUACAACACCGACUACUAUAUGGGAAUGAAGAGUUGGCUUACGGCCGAAGGAUAUCUAAAUACUGAUGUGUAUGUAAAUCGAACUCUACCGGCGACCUUGCGCACGGCUAUCACUGUGCAGUUCCAGAUCGAGAACUCUCUGAACUAUUACACUCUAUUCAACUAUGACGUAGACACUUGUAAGUUACUCAAGGAUCAGGCAAAGAGCAGCUUGCCCGGCGUCUGGAUUCGCAAUGUACGCAAGUACGGCAACCUCUCAGCCAUCUGUCCCAUGAAAGCUGGCUACUAUGAUUUGCGCAACUUUCAUCUGGAGGACAAGAGCAUUCCCGUGUAUCUGCGACCUGGCCACUAUCGUCUACACGAUAUAAACUACUAUGGCAAAAAUAAUGCCAAUGGCAAUACCAAGGCCAAGCAGCGCAGCCUGGUCUCCUCUAUCGUUUUGCAAAUGCAGUUAUAUUAA